AUGUGCUCCAGACAGUCCUCCGGAGGCUGCCAUGAAACGUCCUCCCAGUCCAGCGGAUGCCACAGCGGGGGCUCUUGCUGCCACGGGGGCAGCUCCUCCAGCUACCAGGCACGGGGCUCCUCCUGCUCUGGGGGCUCAGGCUCGGGCAGCUACGACGGGGGCAGCGGGGGCUCUGGCAAGAUCAUUGUCAGCUCUGGCGGUGGAGGAGGUGGAUCCUGCUGCAGCGGGGGAUCCUCAGGCUAUGGCAUGGGAGGAGGAUACAGCGGAUCCAGUGGUGGGUCUUCAGGAUCAAAGAGCAUCAUUGGAGGUGGAGGUAGUGGAGGAUCAUCCGGAUACUGCGGUGGAGGAUCCUCAGGCUACGGCAUGGGAGGCGGAUCCAGUGGUGGGUCUUCAGGAUCAAAGAGCAUAAUUGGUGGUGGAGGUAGUGGAGGAUCAUCCGGAUACUGCAGUGGAGGAUCCUCAGGCUAUGGCAUGGGAGGAGGAUCCAGUGGUGGGUCUUCAGGAUCAAAGAGCAUCAUUGGUGGUGGAGGUAGUGGAGGAUCAUCCGGAUACUGCAGUGGAGGAUCCUCAGGCUAUGGCAUGGGAGGAGGAUCCAGUGGUGGGUCUUCAGGAGGCAAGAUCAUCAUUGGAGGUGGAAGUAGUGGGGGAUCAUCUGGAUGCUGCAGUGGAGGAUCCAGCUAUGGCAUGGGAGGAGGAUCCAGUGGUGGGUCUUCAGGAGGCAAGAUCAUCAUUGGAGGUGGAGGUAGUGGAGGAUCAUCCGGAUACUGCUGUGGAGGAUCCUCAGGCUGUGGCAUGGGAGGAGGAUCCAGUGGUGGGUCUUCAGGAUCAAAGAGCAUCAUUGGAGGUGGAGGUAGUGGAGGAUCAUCCGGAUACUGCUGUGGAGGAUCCUCAGGCUAUGGCAUGGGAGGAGGAUCUAGUGGUGGUUCUUCAGGAUCAAAGAGCAUCAUUGGAGGUGGAGGUAGUGGAGGAUCAUCCGGAUACUGCAGUGGAGGAUCCUCAGGCUAUGGCAUGGGAGGAGGAUCCAGUGGUGGGUCUUCAGGAGGCAAGAUCAUCAUUGGAGGUGGAAGUAGUGGAGGAUCCUCUGGAUACUGCAGUGGAGGAUCCUCAGGCUAUGGCAUGGGAGGAGGAUCCAGUGGUGGCGGUGGUUCCUCAGGCCACGCAAUCAUCAUCAGCUCCGGAGGGGGCAGCGGAGGCUCCUGCCAGUCCACGCAGCACAAAUGCCCCAUUGUUGUUCCCAACAUCGAGUCCCAUCAGACCAAGCAGGCCUGCCACUGGCCCCCCAGCCACCAGAAGUAA